AAGUAUAAGUUGAGUUCUCUCUGAGCUGAGUGUUUCUGCAAGAUUCCUGCUAGGAUUAUACUCACCCGGUAACUUAGUUAAUUUUAUAUUUUUAAAUUUUAUUAACAAAAAUAAAUGAAUUGUGUUAGUAUGCUAAAUAUUUCCCAAAGGUUAAGUUGUUUGUACAAACGGAAUACAAUAAACACCUUGAAGAAAUUUUCCUCUACUUCAAGCACAAAACCUGAGUCUGGCAAUGAAGGUUCAUCUUGUGAAAAAACAGAACAAAUCUCCAAAAAGCUCCGUGCCAAGACACCUAUAGGUAAACUUGAUGAGUUGGAUGUGGGAAAGCACCCUUUUCAAGAGAAAGAACCUUUACCUGAGUGGCCAGACAACACCAACCCCCACACUGGAGAAAUAGGAGGUCCUCGUGGUCCAGAACCGACUCGCUAUGGUGACUGGGAGAGGAAGGGGAGAGUCACCGACUUCUAAACGUAGAUCAUGUACCGGUACCAGAUAUGUAUAGCCUAUAAAUAAAGUUCUCGUUGUAUAUAAAA